CGUAAAAUUCACCAUAACAGAAACAGACGCCAGCUUAACUCAGUUAACGCCACUCUCAAAGGCAACAAACUACUAUCAAAGUUAAGACCACGCAUCUGCCAAUCAAAAGGUCUUAGGUGUUUGCCUGGUCCCCCAGGCCCUCCAGGUUCACCUGGACCUAGAGGAGAGAAAGGAACCCCGGGACGAAGAGGACACAGAGGGAAACAAGGAAACAAAGGAGAUCAAGGAAUUAUGGGAUCACCAGGAAAAAGUGGCAAGCAAGGCAUUAUGGGACCUGUUGGGCCGGCUGGCGAAGCUGGUCCUAACGGACAAAAAGGAGACAUGGGGCCCGCGGGCUUGCCGGGGUCUAAAGGAGAGCCUGGUGAAUCAAUCUCAGUUCCUACUGUUGCUGUUUCGCCUGCAAGAUUGACUGCAAACGAGACCAGAUCAGCCUCGUUUCAGUGUUCUGUCAAUGGUAAUCCUAAACCUACAGUAGUGUGGAGUAAACUUAACAGUCAAACAAAAAUUAUCCAAUCAGCGGUUUUAGGAGACACUUUGUUCUUACAGAACUUGAAAGGAAGUGAUGCGGGUGUGUAUAAAUGUUCAGCGGUAAACAUCUUGGGGCAGGCGCACGCAGUUGGUCACUUGAAUAGUGAGGGGUUUUUUUUUGCAUUUUUUAUUGACUAUUAUCUUAUCGCAUGGAUUUACUUUGCGUACCAUACAAGAUGAACGAUGAGGAAAGGUAUUACGUAGCAACCUUACAAAAAAUCGCGGGAACGAUAUCAAGGUAUUGUUGGUUUUCACAUGACUUCACUAAAAUUCAAACUUAAAAACUAUCGAUCCUACCAAAAUUUUACUUUCACGAUGCAUUACAGCAGCUGAAAACUAACUUUCAUACAAAUUAUCGCUUCAAAAGGGUUCUUGGUUUUGUGAUAGAGUACGCUUAAAUUUCUAAGCUUUAGCGUGACGCGGCAUUUACAUGACGGCAAAGAGAGCUGUCAUGUAGAUUAAAAAAAUGACUUAUUUCAGGAAAUUUUGCUAUCUAAACAGUUCAUGUAUUAGAAAAAGUAUUACUUUAAUGUUUGUGAGUUUCUCGAAGAAUAAAUUCCCGCCUUUGUAGCAAAACUCGGUAACAGAUGUUUCUGUUGGUUUCCGUCCGCCAUGUUGGAGCUCAUCCAGGUGAGCACCAGCAUAGCGUCUCCAUACACAUCUCUAUAAGUUUGGGUAAAACAUUUCCUCGGAUAUCUCGUAUACCAAAUAAUCCUCUGACCUGAAUCUUGGCGAGGGUCUUUGUAUAUGUAAUUCCUUUCAUUUCCCAGAUUCUGGACUUUAUCUAUCGAACGGUUUUGAUUUUUAUUUGUGAUCUAUUUUGAAUGGCGUGACACUGAAAACAAGCAAUAGUCAACCGUAUCUUGCAGAAAUUAUUUUUCAUUCAACUAACGAAAAAAGUUCGGAAUUAAAUUUUGUUUUACAGACCCUCUAAAUAUAAGUACCGUAGGUCAAUACUUUUUUUCAGCAAAUUAAGUGUAUCAUGACAGUAUAAUUAAUUCUCGCUUGUUGCAUUACCUCAGGAGGAGCUUGUUCCUUUUUUCUAACAUGCUCUGUAGUCGAAAUUAACCCAACCUUAGAAAGUUCGUUUGCAAGUUCGUUUGGUCAUUAAAAGCUCGCAGUUUAUUAAUGUUGUUGAUUAGUUCGAAAUCUUAAAUCAUAUUGAAAGAAGAUUUAAAAAUAUUUGCCCUUAGUAAGAGGUGGUUAAGUUCCUCUAUCCCAAGUGAUUUGUUUUACAUUCCUGGUUCAGCAUUGCCAAAAUUUGAUUUCGGACUUAUCUUAGGACCUGUUUACAUGGAGGUGGGGGACCCCAGACAGGUGAGGUAACAUAUGCAUAUAGUGGCAUGCGUCACCCCACCUAUUAUGUAAACGUGAUCAAAUUAAAAUGAGAGAUUAUAUGGACAGGCGGGUUACCUCACCUACCUGGGGUCAGCCACCCCCAUGUAAACAGGCCCUUAGGGUGAAUAAAAUUCUUACAGCACACCCACUUAGGCUUAGUUUGCUGAGAAUUAUUAAGUACAAAGUUGACAGGACUACUUUAAGAAAACUUUACAAAUAUUUGAUGCCAAAACGCUCCGUUUCUUUGUCAACUUGCUGUUUGGUAGAACAUUCUGCAACACAGUUUUUAUCUUAGCUAAUGCAAAAAUUACUGACCAUUGCUCUAGCUGCUGCAAUUACUAGUCACGCAAAACCACUUAACGUCAUUUACUUGGAGGUUAUAUUUUUAUCCUGUUAUAUUUUUAUCCUGUCGCGCAUUUAUAAUGUAUUCAGUGUAGAAACUGGGACCUACAUUGAGGUUCAAUCUAAAGGUUAGUUAUGAUCAUGAUUCCUAAGAAUUAAUUCAGAACAAAGAUUUUUGAUUUUACCCUCUCCACUAUAUAGUUUCUUUUUCGGUUGAUGACUCGAUGUAUCUAGUACUUCUACGGAUAGCUCAACUUAGGUAGUUCUCAUGAAGAAAACGUUUUGCUUUUCGUGACAAAUAUAAAGCAAGAUCCUUUGUUCAUUGUGAUAAACGAUAGGCCAAUACAUUGCUUGUUCGUGUAAAUUUUUCUUGUUUAUUGUAGUUUUAAAUUGAACCACUAAUAGUUUUCAAGUAAAUGGAUUGAAGCAAAUAAAUAAAUAAAUGAUUGUAAGUAUCAAAUUAAAGCAACCUCAUUUUGUAUUUCUACUACGGAUCUUCACUUAUGAAAGCAAAAAACUGAAAUUCAACCGUGAAAAAGCCCUUAGGUUUGACUGCACAAAAAGGAUUUCAGAGAAAACGGCCUUAGCAAACUUUUAGCCCCUGAGAAAGAGGAAGAAAAAACUAUACAGGAGCUGGUAUGGCCGAAGUGGAAUUGUUCUGAGUAUCUGCGUAGCAAUGCAACAUUGACUUUAAAUUAAUUUUGAAUUAUUGCAAGUCUCGCACAUUUUCCCUUUUGUCUCUGCGUCAUAUAAAUUUAAAUGUCAUCUAAAUCUGACGAAUAAUUAUUUUAAUGGGCCCAAGUUCUCAGACUGAAAAUAAAAGGCGAAGGCAACCUGGUACUUGCUGUUCCAUCCGAAAAGGUUGUUAUUCAUUUACUAAGAAUAAGGAGCGAACCCUAGAAGGCACAAAAAGGAUCUACGCUACAUAACGCAUGCCUUGUUUUGUUGUUAGUUUUUGUUCUUUAGUUUGUUUAUUUUUUCAUGGCAAGAAAAAAGCUCGCACAAAAACGCUCGCUAAAAAGGCUGCAAGCUUCACUCUCUGGGACGACGCAACGUAUAUCUUUGCUUUAGUGCUGUUUACAGCACAGCGAAUGUCCAGACAAGCCCUUUCUUCCUUGUUUUAUCAGAUUGCUCUGAUCUGUUCAAGUCAGGCUAUUCUCAGAGUGGAGUUUACUCUGUGGACCUGGACGGAAAAGGAUCCUUCAAUGUAUACUGUGACAUGCGCACUGAUGGUGGAGGAUGGACCGUGUUCCAGAGAAGACAAGAUGGCUCGGAAGACUUCUAUCGCGGCUGGAAUGAUUACAAAUCAGGCUUUGGUCAGCUGACGGCUGAGUUCUGGUUAGGAAACGAUAAGAUCCACAGGAUGACGGCGGCUAGACCCAGCUCCCUACGAGUGGAGCUGGAGGACUGGAACGGAGGAAUAGCAUAUGCCAAAUAUGGCAAGUUUAACAUUGGUGAUGAGCAGGCGAAGUAUAGACUUGAAGUGGGUUCAUAUUCAGGAACGGCGGGAGAUUCCUUGUCAUAUCAUAAAAAGAUGGCGUUUACCACAAAAAACCGAGAUAACGACAUUAAAGACUUAAGUAACUGUGCUGUGGUAUACACUGGUGCCUGGUGGUACAGGAGUUGCCACAAUUCCAAUUUAAAUGGAAAAUACCUGGGAAACAAACGCGAUUACCGCGGGGUCGCGUGGAAUCACUUCAGAGAUCGUUUUUCACUUAAAUUCAGUGAAAUGAAACUGAAACCGUCAUCUUAG